AUGCCUGGUGCAUACAAAGGAGAAUGUGGGGAUGAUGUUGAUCCCAUGCCCUUUUUGGCUCCCACUGAGAAGGAGAAGCUUGAAGCCGUCAGUAAACCAUACGACAUCAAGAAGUCAUGUUGGGUGAAGGAUGAGAAGGAAGGCUUUUUGGCUGGAGAGAUCCAGUCAGAAACUGAUGCCCAAGCCACGGUGAAGACGGUGACCAAUCAGACCAUCACUGUGAAGAAGGAUGAUGUCCAGCAGAUGAACCCACCUAAGUUCUACCAGAUCAGUGAUAUGGCCAACAUGACGUUCCUGAAUGAAGCCAGUGUCUUGGAUAACCUCAGGCAGCGUUACAUCAUGAUGAGGAUCUAUACAUAUUCUGGCCUCUUCUGUGUCACCAUCAACCCUUACAAGUGGCUACCCAUCUAUGGGGCACGUGUGGCCCAGAUGUACAAGGGCAGGAAGCGAACAGAGAUGCCUCCUCACCUCUUCUCCAUCUCUGACAAUGCCUACCAUGACAUGCUUAUGGAACGUGAAAACCAGUCUAUGUUGAUCACCGGAGAAUCUGGAGCUGGCAAGACUGAAAACACGAAGAAAGUCAUCCAGUAUUUUGCUAACAUUGGAAGCACUGGCAAAGCCCCUGCUGAUGGCAAAGGAUCUCUGGAAGAUCAAAUCAUCCAGGCUAACCCUGUGCUAGAAGCUUUUGGAAAUGCCAAAACGACCCGGAACAAUAAUUCCUCUCGCUUUGGUAAAUUCAUACGAAUUCACUUUGGCAGCACAGGAAAACUGGCUGGUGCUGAUAUCGAGAGCUAUCUCCUGGAGAAGUCUAGGGUCAUCUCCCAACAACCUGCUGAAAGGGGCUAUCACAUCUUCUACCAGCUCUUAUCCAACAAGAAGCCUGAACUUGUUGAGAGCUUGCUGUGUGUAGCGGAUCCCAAGGAAUAUACUUGGACAAGCCAAGGGGUCAUUGUGGUGGACAACAUGGAUGAUGGAGAAGAACUGCUGCUUACAGAUGUGGCCUUUGAUGUCCUGGGCUUCACUGGAGAGGAGAAGAACGGUGUCUACAAGCUUACUGGGGGCAUUAUGCACUUUGGCAACAUGAAGUUCAAGCAGAAGCCAAGAGAGGAGCAAGCAGAAGUGGACACCACAGAGGUGGCUGACAAAGUUGCCCACCUUAUGGGUCUCAACUCUGGGGAGCUCCAGAAGGGUAUUACCAGGCCCCGGGUUAAAGUGGGUAACGAGUUUGUGCAGAAGGGGCAAAAUUUGGAUCAGUGCAACAACUCCGUUGGUGCCCUGGGCAAAGCAGUCUAUGACAAGAUGUUUAAGUGGCUGGUGGUCAGGAUCAACAAAACUCUGGACACCAAGAUGCAGAGACAGUUCUUCAUUGGCGUCCUGGAUAUUGCCGGCUUUGAAAUCUUUGAGUUCAACAGCUUUGAACAGCUGUGCAUCAACUUCACAAAUGAAAAGCUGCAACAGUUUUUCAACCACCACAUGUUUGUGCUGGAGCAAGAGGAAUACAAGCGAGAAGGGAUCGAUUGGGUCUUCAUUGACUUCGGCCUCGAUCUCCAGGCUUGCAUUGAGCUUCUGGAAAAGCCCAUGGGUAUCUUCUCUAUCCUUGAAGAGCAAUGUGUGUUUCCCAAGGCGACCGAUGCUACUUUCAAGGCUGCCCUUUAUGAUAAUCAUUUGGGCAAAUCCCCUAAUUUCCUGAAGCCAAAAGGUGGCAAGGGCAAAGGGGCAGAAGCUCACUUUGAGCUGGUUCAUUAUGCUGGCACGGUGGGCUACAAUAUCACCGGUUGGCUGGAGAAAAACAAGGACCCCCUGAAUGAAACGGUGGUGGGCUUGUUUCAGAAGUCUUCCAUGGCCUUGCUCUGCAUUCUUUUCAAAGAAGAAGAGGCCGCAGCUACGGGAUCCAAGAAGCAGAAAAGGGGAUCCUCUUUUAUGACCGUCUCCAACUUCUACAGGGAGCAGCUCAACAAGCUGAUGGCCACGUUGCACAGCACGUCCCCCCAUUUUGUGCGCUGCAUUGUGCCCAAUGAGUUCAAACAGUCCGGAGUGGUGGAUGCUCAUCUAAUCUUGCACCAACUGGCCUGCAAUGGUGUCCUGGAAGGUAUCCGUAUCUGCCGAAAAGGCUUCCCCAACAGAUUGCAGUACCCUGAGUUCAAGCAAAGGUAUCAUCUGUUGAAUCCCAAUGUCAUCCCUCAAGGGUUUGUGGACAAUAAGAAAGCCUCUGAACUUCUGCUGGGAUCUGUUGACCUUGGAGAAAAUGAGUACAAAAUUGGACAUACUAAGGUAUUCUUCCGUGCUGGAGUCUUAGCCAAGUUGGAAGACAUGAGGGAUGAACGUUUGGCCAAGAUCAUGACAAUGCUGCAGAGUCGCUCCCGUGGUUUCUUGAUGAGGAUUGAGUUUAAAAAGAUGCUGGAGAGAAGGGUGGGCCUGAUGCUGAUCCAGAGGAAUGUUCGUAAAUUCUUGCAGAUGCGUUUCUGGGGAUGGUGGAAGCUGUACAAUAAGGUGAAACCUCUGCUGAAUGUGGCCCGGCAAGAGGAGGAGAUGAAAGAAAAAGAGGAGGAGCUGAGGAGUGCCAUGUCAAAGACUCAAGAACUGAUGGAUCGCCUCAAGGAGUUAGAGGAGAAGUUGGCCACACUCAGCCAAGAGAAGAAUGAUUUGACCAUCCAGUUGCAGGCUGAACAAGAGAACCUGAUUGAUGCAGAAGAGCGCCUUACUCAAAUGAUGAAGGCCAAGAUGGACCUGGAAAGCCAGAUCUCAGACAUGAAAGAACAUCUGGAGGAGGAAGAAAGCUCAGCUGCCUCCUUGAGUGCCAGCAAGCGCAAGUUGGAAGCAGAACUUAAUGAUCUCAAGCGAGACCUCGAGGGGCUGGAAACCACAUUGGCUAAGACAGAAAAAGAGAAACAAGCUCUUGAUCACAGAGUGCGAACUCUGACUGGUGACCUUCAAGCACGGGAUGACUCAGUUGCCAAACUCCAGAAGGAGAAAAGGGCGCUGGAGGAGCUACACCAGAAAACACUUGACGACCUUCAAGCUGAGGAAGACAAAGUGAACCAUCUAACGAAGACCAACAGCAAACUCAGCACUCAGAUACAUGAGUUGGAAGACAACUGGGAACAAGAGAAGAAAAUCCGUGCUGAGGUUGAAAAGGCCCGUCGCAAGGCCGAGGGCGACUUGAAGAUGACCAUUGAAAAUCUGAAUGAAAUGGAGAGGACUAAGCUAGAUUUGGAAGAGGUGGUGAAGAAGCGGGACUUAGAGAUAAAUUCUAUCAGCUCCAAGGUGGAAGAUGAACAGGCUCUGAAUUCCACCCUUCAAAGAAAACUGAAGGAACACCAGGCUCGGAUUGAAGAGCUGGAGGAAGAGUUAGAGGCAGAACGUUCUAUAAGGGCAAAGAUUGAGAAGCAACGCAAUGACCUCUCCCGGGAACUGGAAGAGCUCACCGACAGACUUGAAGAAGCCGGAGGAGCAACCACUGCUCAGAUUGAGCAAAACCGCAAGCGGGAGGCUGAGCUGCUUAAGCUUCGGCGAGAACUGGAAGAAGCCGCCUUGCAGAGUGAGGCCACGGCAUCCACCCUGCGCAAGAAGCACACCGACGCCAUGGCCGAGAUGACGGAGCACCUUGAGAGCCUGCAGAGGGUCAAGUCCAAGUUGGAGAAAGACAAGCAGGUCAUGAAGGCUGAGAUUGAAGAUCUCAGCAGCAGCAUGGAAAAUAUCCAGAAAUCCAAGGUUAACGCCGAGUCUCACGUCCGCAGAUUGGAGGACAGCCUGACCGAAACCAACGCUCGGUUGGCUGAGAUGGAAAGGAAUCAAGCAGAAAUCAACGCUGUCAGGAACAGACUCCAAGCUGAGAACAAUGAGCUGAGCCGUGAGCAUGAAGAAGGCCAGUCACGGCUCAACCAGGUCCUUCGUGUCAAGACAUCCCUCACUUCCCAAGUGGAUGACUUCAAGCGACAGCUGGAUGAGGAGUCCAAGGCCCGAAGUACUGCAGUGGUGAGUCUGGCCAACACCAAACAUGACCUGGAUUUGAUCAAGGAGCAGCUGGAGGAAGAGCAGACAGGAAAAGCUGAGCUCCAACGCUUGGUCUCCAAGCUCAACACUGAAGUUACAACCUGGAGGACCAAAUAUGAAACUGACGCCAUUCAGAGAACAGAGGAGCUGGAAGAGACUAAGAGAAAACUGACUGCCCGUCUCCAGGAGGCAGAGGAAGUGGCCGAAACUGCACAAGCCCGGGUAGCCAGCAUGGAGAAGAACAAACAGAAGCUCCAGAUGGAAGUGGAAGAUCUAACUUUGGAUCUUGAAAAGGCCAAUGCGGCCUGUGCGGUCCUGGACAAGAAGCAGCGGGCCUUUGACAAGAUGUUGGCGGAAUGGCAGCAGAAGUGUGAGGAGCUGCAGUUAGAGCUGGACAAUUCCCAGAAGGAGUGCCGCAUGUACAUGACGGAGAACUUCAAGCUCAAGACAGCCUAUGAGGAAGCCCUCGAGCAGCUGGAGUCUGUGAAGAAGGAAAACAAGACUCUCCAGGAGGAAAUCAAAGAUCUAAUUGACCAGUUGGGCGAGGGAGGAAGGAGUGUCCAUGAACUGCAGAAGAUGAAAAAGAAGCUGGAAAUUGAGAAAGAUGAGCUCCAGGUGGCCCUGGAGGAAGCUGAGGCGUCCCUUGAGGUGGAAGAGAGCAAGCUGAUCCGCAUUCAGCUGGAACUGGCCCAAGUCAAAGCAGACAUUGACAGGAGAAUUCAUGAGAAGGAGGAAGAAUUUGAAGCCACAAGGAAGAACCACCAGCGUGCCAUCGAGUCUCUGCAGUCGAGCUUGGAACUGGAGGCCAAAGGGCGAGCCGAAGCCCUGCGGCUGAAGAAGAAGAUGGAGACAGACCUGAAUGAAAUGGAGAUCCAGCUGGACCAUGCCAAUAAGAACAACAGCGAGCUGGUCAAGGCCUUGAAGAAACUCCAGCAGCAGAUCAAGGACCUUCAGAUCCAGAUGGACGAAGACGCCCGCCAGCACGAAGAGCUGCGGGAGCAGUACAAUCUCCAGGAACGGCGGCUCAGUCUUCUCCAGACAGAGUUGGAAGAGGUGCGCACCAGCCUGGAGGGCAGCGAACGCUCGCGCAAACUGCUUGAGCAGGAACUGGUGGAUGUCUCCGAGAGGCACAACGAACUCAACGUUCAGAACCAGAGCCUGCUGGUGAUCAAGCGCAAGCUGGAAUCUGACCUCACGCGCAUAACGAAUGAACAUGAGGAACUCAUCAGCGAGUUCCGGACGGUGGAUGAGAGAGCGAAGAAAGCCAUGACCGACGCCUCCCGCAUGGCUGAAGAGCUGCGGCAGGAACAGGAUCACUCCAUGCACUUGGAGAAGAUCAAGAAGAACUAUGAGGUCACCAUCAAGGACCUGCAGGUCAAGAUGGAGGAAGCAGAGCAAAUGGCCUUGAAAGGCGGGAAACGCACCAUCAUGAAGCUGGAGACCCGGAUUAAGGAACUUGAAUCCGAACUAGAUUCCGAACAAAAACGCCACGUGGAGACGGUGAAAAUGCUGCAGAAGAACGAGCGGCGUCUGAAGGAGCUGGUCUUCCAGACGGAAGAGGACCACAAGACCAACCAGCGCAUGCAGGAACUGGUGGAAAAGCUGCAGAACAAACUGAAGACGUACAAGAGACAAAUCGAAGAGGCUGAGGAGCAAGCAAAUCAGAGCUUGGCGAGGUAUCGGAAGACGGCACAUGAACUGGACGAUGCAGAAGAGAGAGCAGGAAUGGCCGAAUCGGCUCUGAACAAACUCCGCACCAGGCACCGGCUCUCCACCGGCAAAGCAUUCACUUCCGUGGAGAUCAUCCAGGUCUCCAAAUCCGCCAGCUCCAAGUCUGCCGCAGAGGAAUGAGUCUCCCCGUUGUCCCUGCAACUGUCUGACAGGCCAAGCAUCUCAGACGGUUGCACCUUGGGAAGAUCGCUUGCUACUGUAGGGAUAACUGGAGCAGCCUGAACACCUUUGAAAAGGCCCUUGCAAGGAAGUAGAUGAAGGAAAGUGGAAGGGAAGAGCUUCUUGGCCUCGGGGGGAAGAAAGGGGGUCCUCUAACCCACUGUGAGCACCGGUCAGAUUUUCUUCUCCAAGAAGAUGGUGGACCGUAGACAAGUUCUCAGAGUCAAAGGCAUCUGAUUUGAAUGCAGUCUGCUUGCGUUUUCAUGCCAAGGACGGAAAACGUUAGGAGGGUCCGGCUUGGGCUGUUUCUUGUAAAUACUCCCCUACUUAGAAUAAUCAUGCUUAGUCCGAAUAAAGCUUC